ACUUAAGCUAAACGGUGAUGCUCGCUCAGACACUUCAGCUCUCCCACCAGCGGAUGCAGCGCAGCAGACAUUUUCUGCUCCGUCUUCCUCUCUAGAGUUCUGGUUGGAUAGACGAACAGGCUGGAGGGAGGCCUCGGGUCCAGUCUGCUGAGGAAGAUUUCUUCCCGGAAGUCUCACCAGCGAAACAACAGUCCUCAGCCCCAAGAGGCCAAUGAUAUGGGGGGAAACGGCGAUGACAGUGGGCCGGGGAGGCUGAGCCGCAGGCUGUCCCGCCUGGGCAGCAGGCAUCAGUCCAGGGAUCCACCGAGACCCCCGGCUCAGCCAGAGAGACCUCCUGCUCCAGCUGACGGAGCUGUUCAACAAGCUGGCAGGCCCUCUCCACCAGUCCCUGCCCCACCUGCCCCACCUGUUCCAGCUCCAGCACUGGCUCCUGCUCCUCUCGCCCUGCCCAUGGAAACACCACCUAAACGCCCAGACAAAGCAACAAAGCCCAAACUUCCUCCUCGGCCACUGUCCAAAGUGUUCAGUAGCACCGAACACGGAGCGGCUGUGUUGCAGGGCUUUGAAACUUUUCGGGCACAUGAGACUCUCUGUGAUGUUGUCUUGGUUCCAGGGGACAGCAAGGAAACUUUCCCAGUCCACCGAGUUAUCAUGGCUUCAUCCAGUGACUAUUUCAAGGCAAUGUUCACGGGAGGCAUGAGGGAGCAGGAGAUGAGAGAGAUCAAGCUGCAUGGGGUCACUAAGUUGGGUUUAAAGAACAUUAUAGACUUCAUUUACACAUCCAAAGUCAACCUCGAUAUGAGUAAUCUCCAGGACACAUUGGAGGCUGCAAACUUCCUGCAGGUCAUGCCUGUGCUGAGGUUCUGUAAUCAGCUUCUGAGCAGUGAGAUCACUAUUGAUAACUGUGUGGAAGUCGAGCGCAUCGCAACAGACUUGCUUCUGGAGGACGUUCAGCUGAAUAUAGGUGAGUUUGUGAGCCAGAACCUCUCAGCCUUGGUGGAGUGUGGCCGUUACCUCCAGCUCUCCGAGACCAGUAUGGCCAACGCUCUGGCCAGCAACUCGCUGGAAGGUUUCUCUGAACUGGAGCUGUACCACAUUGCCAGAGGAUGGCUGGACCAUGACCCCCCAAAACGUCUCUCAUCUGUCUAUUACUUAAUGCGCCACAUCCGCUUCCCACUGAUGAGUCCCAGCGAGCUGAUUCAGAUCUCCCAGGAAGAAGGAGGCGACUCCAUGAUGCGCUCUGAGACGGCCUGUGUCAACCUCCUGCUGGAGGCCAGCAACUACCAGAUGAUGCCUUUCAUGCAGCCAGCCCUGCAAACUGAGCGGACGCAAAUACGCUCCGACUCCACGCAUAUUCUAGCACUGGGCGGUGUGAUGCGGCAGCAGCUGGUGGUGAGCCGGGAGCUGAGGCUCUAUGAUGAGAAGACUGGCCACUGGAAGGCCCUGAAGCCCAUGGAGGUACCACGCUACCAACAUGGUGUGGCUCUUCUAGGCGGCUUCCUCUUCAUUGUUGGAGGCCAGAGCACAUACGACACCAAGGGUAAGACGGCCAUAGACAGUGCCUACCGCUACGACCCCCGCUUCGACAAGUGGCUUCAGAUCGCUUCACUCAACGAGAAGAGGACCUUCUUCCACCUCAGCGCUCUGAAGGGGAAACUGUUUGCAGUGGGAGGAAGGAAUGCCUCAGGAGAGAUCGACACGGUGGAGUGCUACGACCUGAAGAAAAAUGAGUGGACAUUUGUGACCAGUAUGAUGGAGCCUCACUAUGGACAUGCUGGAACGGUUCACGGAGACCUCAUGUACAUCUCAGGUGGCAUCACACGUGACACCUUCCAGAAGGAGCUUUGGUGCUACGAUCCUGCAGCCGACACAUGGAGUCGACGUGCCGACAUGACCGAGCUCCGUGGCCUGCACUGCAUGUGCACCGUAGGGGACAGACUCUAUGUCAUGGGGGGCAAUCACUUCCGAGGCAGCAGCGACUACGACGACGUCCUGGGCUGUGAAUACUACAGCCCCGAGGCCGACCAGUGGACGGUGGUGGCGCCCAUGCCUCGGGGCCAGAGUGAUGUCGGCGUGACUGUGUUUAACGGGCAGAUCUAUGUGGUGGGGGGUUACUCCUGGAACAGCAGAUGCAUGGUUGACAUUGUGCAGAGGUAUGAUCCAGAGCGGGAUGCGUGGGACAGGGUGUUUAAUGUACUGGAGCCUCUGGGGGGGAUUCGCGCCUGUACGAUGACGGUCCAUCUGCCGGAGGGGUCAGUGGAUGAGGCUCAGAUACAGGAGUGCCUGCUGUUCACAGCCAAGAGUUGAGUGCGCACCACAGUCAAGGGGGAGGAGUUGACAAGACACAAAUUUACCUACAUGUGGCUUCGAAAAGAGGGCAAACAGGAAACAGUGUGGGUUGCAAACACAAGCUGCAGGUGCAAGCAUGGCCAGCAAGCUUCUUCAGUUUGAAAAUUCUGCAUCUUUCUGUCAAACACUAUCUUUAGUGCCAUUUUCUGUUCUUGCAUUUGCUGUCAGCCGUGCAGCUCCUCUCCUGCUCUGCUGCUCGUGUCCUUUCACUCAGCAGCUACAGUUUCUAAAAGAAAACACUCCUCAUUAAGGACACUCUGCAUCCUUCAUGAAAGGUCAAACCCAAUGAAUUUCCUAGUUUCAUGGGUCAAAGUCAAAAAUCAAACAGAAAACUGAGGCAAGCAAGUCAGGAUCAAUUAGACAGAAGGCAAAUUCAUCUGCUCUCGGAAAUGAAAGGAGAGUGAGUUUAUCUUUAAGCUUGAUCUUUUCAUUGCUCUCUGCUGUUCUCACAAACAGAACAAAAACAUGUCAGAUCUUUCUUCUAUCAUGACGCAUGAGCUGAGAGGAAUAAAACUGAGCUGUGUGUCAUAAUGAAGGAUGAAGGAAAUGGUCCUACAGUGUGUAAUUUGGAAGUUUCUGGACAAUAAUGGGGUCCUGUGGCACAGAGUCACAAGAUUUGAUAUGAUUUGGAUCUUAAUUAAGCAAGAAACUAACACAGAAGGCGUCUUCAGGGUCCAACAGAGAUGUACAACAGGAGGAAAUCACCUCAACGAAGGCUUAAACGAUUAAAACAACAGCACCUUUUAAUAGACCUCGAUCUACAGGCUAAUUUUGUUGUAUGAAUCAGGCACAGAUAAAACACUCAGUGGUUCCUUUUGACACUUAAAUGUAAGAACAGUGGAAGAAAAGUAUUUUUGUAAAUAUGACAUACAGUGCUGGGUAACAAAACAAACAAAACAAAACGAAACGGAACUGAAACAACCUUGUUCCUAUUGUACAACUAAAGAUAUUAUAUUAAAUAUGUUCUAUAUUAAAUAUUAAGUCCUUUUUGAUUAAACCAUAAGAACAAGUUUGUUAACACAGAACAAAAACUUGAGUUUUGUUUCCCAGUACUGCAUCACACAGGUGCCAAAACAUUUUCCUCUUCAUUUGCUCUAAAAUGCCCAGCUGCUUCCUUAUUCCCAAUGGUCCUGUUUUCUUCCAUUGUACCUUAUGUACCAGCAGAAACCAGUACGUAUUUUAUUAGACACCGAUUCAUACAAUAUACAACUUAUACUGCAAAUCACAGGCUAUACUGUAAGGUGUUACCAAUAUAUUUUUUUUCUACCUACUGACACUGUUAAUGCUUUCCACAAAGCCUGUAAAGACUGUACUGCGGUUUAUUUUCCAAUAUCCCCAUGUGAAGCUGCCUGAACUUUUACGAUUAAGAAAGAAAGAUGACAACGAGAAGCCUCUGGAUUUAAAUUGUUGUGCCAAGUUGCUAUAACGCAAGCUCGGUCAGUUACUGCCUUGAUAUAUGAUUUGUAUAUUUAUGUUGAUAACAAGUUUUGUAAAGUGGAAAUAAAAUGUUGAUUAUGCUCUUCA